GGAAGUUUUCGAUGGUGGAAGGGAACAGGGCGCACCAUGAUCCCCAUUCGCACGUGGACCUGGAAGAUGCUGUCGGUCCAGAUUCACCGGUAUCUUUCCACAGGCACGAUGAAGAAUUUCACAAAGGUGAGGCCGAAGUUGCCGAGCAGUUGGCCCGCAAAGUGAGAGUUCUGUGCUGGAUCAUGACUGGCCCGCAGAAUCACAAGCGGAAAGCGAAGCACGUGAAAGCGACCUGGGGACAGCGGUGCAACAUUUUACUUUUCAUGAGUUCCAAAGAGGACCCCAGCUUGCCGGCGAUCGCUCUCGACGUGUCUGAAGGCAGGGAUCAUCUGUGGGCCAAGACGAAAAAAGCCUUCAGUUAUGUCUACGAGCAUUAUCUACAUCAGGCGGACUGGUUCCUGAAAGCAGACGAUGACACUUAUGUUGUUGUCGAAAACUUGAGGUACUUGCUGCAGGGUCGAGAUCCGGAGUCUCCCAUCUACUUCGGCUGCCGCUUCAAGCCGUUCGUGAAGCAGGGCUACAUGAGCGGGGGCGCAGGCUACAUCCUCAGCAGGGAGGCUCUGCGGCGCUUCGCCGAGCAGGCGCUGGUCGGGGACGCCGAGUGCCGCAAAGACGACGGGGGCGCAGAGGACGUGGAGAUCGGAAAGUGCCUCGAGAGCGUGGGCGUGGAGGCGGGAGACAGCAGGGACUCUCUGGGGCGAGGCAGGUUCUUUCCCUUUGUUCCUGAGCAUCAUCUCAUUCCUGGACAUGUGCCAAAAAGUUCUUGGUACUGGAGCUACAUCUACUACUCAUCACAAGAGGGCAUGGACUGUUGCAGUGACACAGCCAUCUCUUUCCAUUACGUUAGUCCUAACAUGAUGUAUGUCCUAGAAUAUCUCAUUUACCACCUUCGUCCAUACGGCAUUAACAGUCAUCUAGUGAAUAAAGACUCUAUACCAUUGUUAACUAAUUCAACAGCUAGUCCUAUUGCAGUUACAGUCAAAUCCAAGAGGCCAUUGAAUGGAAAUGAAACACAUAAGACCACUGAGUCUUAG